AUGGUGGAGCCGGCUGUGGAACCGGCUCCCGCGCAGGAGGUGGCGAUGGAGGUGGAGACCGCGGGGGCGGCAGAGGCAGCGCCUGAGCCUGCAGCUGAGGAGGUCCCCGCUGCCGCCGAGGAGGCUCCUGCUGAAGAGGCCGCCACCAGCCCCACCACCGAGAAGAAGAAGCCUGCCAAGACGCCAGCCACCAAGCCCAAGCCCACCCCCGCCUCGGCGAGCACCGGCACCGGCGGCCGCGUCCGCCGCGAGCGCAAGCAGGUGGAGUUCUUUGCCCCGGUGGAAGCUGCCAAGAAGGAGGUGGAGGAGGUGCUGGCGGUGGGGCAGGGCAGCGGUACCAAGCUGCGCGACAUCCCCAACAUCGCCUACAAGAUGGGCAAGCUGACUGGCAGGGAUGAGCUGAUCGAGGGCCUGCACAAUGUGCUGUUCAGGCGCAAGGGCGCGGCCACGCAGCGCAAGAAGGCCGUGCUGGACUUCUCCGGCUUCGCCUUUGCUGAGGACCAAAAGGAGAAGGAGCUGGAGGCGCGGCGGGCCAGCCUGGGCAAGUGGAAGCUGGAGCUGGUGCACCGAGCCAUGGACCUGCUGGACCUGCAGCGAGGCAGCGGGGACAAGGCCGCCAAGGUGGAUCGCAUCCUGGAGUUCCUGCAGGAGCCCAAGCCGCUGUCGGAUGUGGACCUGGCCUCCAAGGAGGCAAGCAAGAAGGAGAAGGAGAAGGCAAAGCGGGAGCGCGCGGCGGCGAAGAAGGAGAAGGCGAAGAAGGAGAAGGAGAAGGCGAAGAAGGAGAAGGCCGGCAAGCGCAAGAGCGGCGGCAGCGCCGGCCGCCCAGCCAAGAAGGCCAAGAAGGCAGCGGAUGAGGAGGACGAGGAGCCUGAAGAGGAGAGCGAGGCUGAGGAGGAGGAGGCGUCUGAGGAGGAGCAGGAGAAGGGGGGGGAGUCGGAGGAGGAGGAGAAGCUGCCUGCCAAGAAGGACCGGCGUGCCAGCGGCGGCCGGCAGGGCAAGGCAGCAGCGAAGGAGGCUGAAGAGGAGGCAGAGGCGAUGGAGGAGGAGGCGCAGCAGCAGGCCGAGGAGGAGGCACACCCCUCCAGCAAGGCACGCGCCGGCUGCCCCGCCCCGGCCUGA